AUGUCGACAGUACAACCUUCUGCAGGCCCGGUAUACGGAGUACCUCCAGCCUACGGGUCUUCCCAACAAGUAAUUCCUACACCAGUGGCACCUCCACCAACACCCAAACAACCGCCGUGCACAACACCUAACAAUACUAUCUACAUCAACAAUUUGAAUGAAAAAAUAAAGAUUCCUGCUUUGAAAAAGACCUUACAAACAAUCUUCGAGCAAUACGGUGAAAUUUUGGAUAUUGUGGCGCGCGACACCCUGAGGAUGCGCGGACAGGCAUUCGUUGUCUUUAAAGAACAAGAAAGUGCAGUCAACGCGAUUAAAGGAGUCCAAGGAUUUGCAUUACAAGGAAAACCGAUGGUCAUACAGUUCGCCAGAACAAAAUCAGAUGCUAUUGCAAAGCUAGAUGGAACCAUGGAAGAACACAAGCGACAAAGAAUGGAAGCCAAAGAAAAACGAGCCAAGGAGCCACCCAUGAAGAAAUUUAAAUCCAACAAUUCAUCACUACAUUCAUCGGGAUCAUCAAGCAAUCCCAGUGGAGCGCAACUAUACCAUUUCGGACAUCAGUCUGCGACAGGAAACAUUCCGGAUGAAUAUCUUCCACCAAAUAACAUCCUCUUCCUGCAGAACUUGCCAAGUGACAUCACGGGGGCCGUUCUUACUGCUUUGUUUGAACAAUAUCCUGGGUUCAAAGAAGUUCGUUCAAUUCAUCCCGCAAAGGGCAUAGCAUUUGUUGAAUAUGACAAUGAGCCUCAAGCCAUGAUUGCGAAGGAAGCUUUGACUAAUCAUCUCAUAUCACCAGAUCACAAGCUCAAGAUUACAUACGCAAAAAAAUAA